UCGGGCAUUACUAGUCGACCAAUCGGAAUUGAGAGCGUGUAGCGAAGCGGCAACGGGCGAUGAGAUUACACGUGUCGUGCGUACGCGAGAUGAUCAAGGUAGUUUAAAGCAGGCUUCCUCUGCGGAUUAGCCGCAGUUUAACGGGUAGGCUCUUCGCGUGAAUUUGCCAGGUAAUUCGGGUUGCCCUGCUUCGAUAGAAUUUACAGGAAACUAACGAUGAUGUUCCUGACGAUAAUAGCAGUACUGUGCCUAGGUAUCGGAACUUUUACCCAGGGUCAGCAAAUUGACAGCAAACAGUUAAAAUGUUUAGUUUGCAGAACUACCAUAGAUGAGCUGGAAGCGGAAAUAGCUAAAAUCGACCCAUCGGUUUCCAUUGAUGUUGGUAACUACCGACUGGACGCAAAUGGAAAUGUAAAACAGAAGUCUAUUCCUCUCGCCAGAUCCGAGGUGCACAUUUCUGACAUGCUUGAUAGUAUAUGCACCAAACUUGAUGAUUAUGUCAGAGCUACAUACAAAUCAACAGGUCAACUCACGCUUCUCAGAAUAAUGGACCCUAGCGGAGGAAUGAAUCCUGACAUCAGCAAAGUGGACAUUGUUCAAGACGGAGAUUUGAACAAGAGCCUUAAGUUUUAUUGUGAAGGCAUCGUUGAUGAGUUUGAAGAUGAUAUAGUCCAACUGUUCAGCAAGGGAACUAAGGACAUCGAUGUCAAGGUCUGUACAGAUGUGGCAAACUUCUGCUCGGACACGGUAUCUGAUGAUGAUGAAUUCACGGAGGAUUACGAUUUCUCAGAGAGGGAUGAAUUGUGAUGAAAAACGAGAAACGGACGUUGGUGAAGAAAGUUUAUAGCAGUUUUAUAAAUUUUAUAAAUGUUAGACAAAUUCGUUCUGCAGCUUCGUUUCCAACUGCGUAAUUAUGUUUAACUCGGUUUUUUGAAAAAUGUGAAGUUGUGAGAACUAGAAACGAGUCUCUUCUCUCAAAAUUACUCACCAUGUAUUUACUAACUUGUUUUCGAGGUUAGCCACGAAUUUCUAUAGACUGUCUGCUUGAACUGAUAUUCGUACAUGCAUUUGCCUGCUGUUACAGCUGUAAAUAAAUCAGCUCCUCAUGGCAACGAUUGUUGCCCUGGUGUAAUUUCGCGCCAAA